AUGCCUUCCAAAUUUCUACCACCGGACGAAUUCGAUCACGAUGAUCAGUACCUGUAUGACACGCUGAACGUGGAGAAAGCAUUUGCAUGCGUCCUUGGAACAACGCGAUAUUUGGAGGAGGAGGAGCAUGCACCUCCUUCAGAGCUCGUGCGUUUCGGUAUAAUCCAAGUACAAAAUAAUAAUAUAGCAGCAACUUUAUUCUAUCUAAUAACAUACGAAACCAUUGUGCCCUAUCUUUCCAGAUACGAACUCAGUGACGGUCAGAUCCGGUCCGAGGUAGGAACCUACAAGGACUCGAAGGACGCCGAUGGAAAUGACGUCAAGGUGCUGUUCGUCCAGGGAUCCUACACGUUCGUUGGACCCGAUGGCCAGACCUACUGGGUGAACUACACCGCCGAUGAGAAUGGCUACCACCCGAAGGUCGGCACCGGCCCAACUGGAGGAAUCCAACCGGGACAGGAUGCCCCAAUCAACAGUGCGUAAGCCGGGCAGGAGUACCUACUGUUGCUGCCGCCGAUGCCGCAGUCUUAGCCUUAGUUGAUUCUAAGUCAAUGCCUACAUACUCUGCCGAGCCGCAACAAAUGAGAUCUGGAAAGUGAGAUUCUUUUUUUUAAUGAAUAAAAUAGCAUCUGACACCGUAGGAUUUAGUGUAAAUAUAUUAUGAUGUAAAGUAUACGUGAAACGACUGUGUUCUCUUGAAGCAAUAAACUGACAACGAAGGAGAUUACAAAUCA